CCACAGCAGAGCCGGAUGUUUGCCGAGCUUUGACAGGCGUGGCCGAGGGAGCAGUGCCCGAGCGCGCUCUGCCUUCAGGUUCUGCCACAAAGGACAGAUUUUGCCAUGGAUCCGCUCUCAGAGCUGCAGGAUGACCUGACCCUCGAUGACACCAGCCAGGCUCUGAACCAAUUGAAGUUGGCCUCCAUUGAUGAGAAGAACUGGCCCUCAGAUGAAAUGCCGGACUUUCCCAAGUCAGAUGACUCCAAAAGCAGCUCCCCGGAACCAGUCACACACUUGAAGUGGGAUGACCCUUACUAUGACAUUGCCCGGCACCAGAUUGUGGAGGUGGCAGGAGAUGACAAGUAUGGGCGGAAGAUCAUCGUGUUUAGUGCCUGUCGGAUGCCCCCUAGCCACCAGUUGGACCACAGCAAGCUCCUGGGGUACCUGAAGCACACACUGGACCAGUAUGUGGAGAGCGACUACACGCUGCUGUACCUGCACCACGGGCUGACCAGUGACAACAAGCCUUCCCUCAGCUGGCUGCGGGAUGCCUACCGGGAGUUUGACCGAAAAUAUAAGAAGAACAUCAAGGCCCUGUACAUUGUGCACCCAACCAUGUUCAUCAAAACCCUGCUCAUCCUCUUCAAACCCAUCAUUAGCUUCAAGUUUGGGCGGAAAAUUUUCUACGUGAAUUACCUGAGCGAGCUGAGCGAGCAUGUGAAGCUGGAGCAGUUGGGGAUCCCUCGCCAAGUGCUCAAGUAUGAUGACUUCCUCAAAUCCACACAGAAGAGUCCUGCAACAGCCCCCAAGCCCAUGCCACCGCGACCACCCCUCCCCAACCAGCAGUUUGGGGUCACGUUGCAGCACCUCCAGGAGAAGAACCCUGAGCAGGAUCCCAUCCCACUUGUGCUCAGAGAGACCGUUGCCUACCUGCAGGCCCAUGCUCUCACCACCGAAGGCAUCUUCCGGAGGUCAGCCAACACCCAGGUGGUGCGGGAGGUGCAGCAGAAGUACAACAUGGGGCUGCCAGUGGAUUUCGACCAGUACAAUGAGCUGCACCUGCCAGCCGUCAUCCUCAAGACCUUCCUUCGGGAACUUCCAGAGCCCCUGCUAACCUUUGACCUCUACCCCCACGUUGUGGGUUUCCUCAACAUCGAUGAGAGCCAGAGAGUGGAGGUGACACAGCAGGUCCUCCAGACACUGCCUGAGGAGAACUACCAGGUGCUUCGAUUCCUGACUGCCUUCCUGGUGCAGAUUUCUGCCCACUCUGACCAGAACAAGAUGACCAACACUAACCUUGCUGUUGUCUUUGGCCCUAACCUGCUGUGGGCCAAGGAUGCCGCCAUCACCCUCAAGGCUAUUAAUCCCAUCAACACUUUCACCAAGUUCCUCCUGGACCAUCAAGGGGAGUUGUUCCCCAACCCUGAUUGCAAGGGACCCUGAGCCCAGCUCCACCGUCCAAGCCCCUUCUCUGGUACCCCCAGUUUGGACUCCUCUUCCUGGCUUCAGCCUCACAGAUCCUGGGGCUCUUGCCCAGGAACGGGGUGAAAGUCCAGGAGAUGGAAGCUGGAGCUAGCUAGCUGGGUGGCUGGUUCUCCCCUCUGUCUGGCCCUCCUCCUCACAGGCCUGGGGGCUGUUACCCUGGGAUGUUUUUCUUCGCCUUAUACUUCUCACUGCCUCUUGGGGUGCCUGGGUCCUGCCAGGCGCUCCAGAGCCCGGCUUGGCUCUUCCAGCUGGAGAAGACCUGAGCCCUGUAACCCCUUCCUGCCUCUGUUUCCCUGGCAACAGUGGAUGACAAAAUCAGUGCCGGCUGGGCUGGUAGCUGGGGCUGGUUCUCCCCUUCCUGAUUGCUGGAGAAGCAGCAGCUGAGCCCAUGGUUUGCCCUGGCCAUGCCAGGGUGCCUCCCUGUCUGGGUGCAGUUGCUCUGCUUUUCAGAAGUCCCACUGUACACUAGCUGGACACAGGAACCCUGCACCCACCCUCCCUCCACAGGCUCAGCCUUGGGUAAUUCCACAGCUGAGAAAUGACCAGGCCGGAGUCCGCUUCCGAUUUCUGCCUCCUGGGUCCGCCUUCCCCAAGUGGUACUGCCCCAGGACGUCUUGACAUGCCAGGAAUGGCAGUUUGGAUGACAGGACAGAGUCCUGACAUCCAUUUUAAAUAGUGCCCCCCGCCCCCCAAGUCCUAGUGUCAGGGGGUAUCAGUGACUCAGGCCUUGCCUGUGUCCCACAUGCACAGAUUCGAGGCCAUAGGCUCUUGUGGACCUCUAUAUUGUGGAGUCAUGUCCCUGCUCUGGCCAGAAGUGACUUGGUGCCUCAGAAUAUAUGGUAGCUGCCUUGUCCACUGGAGACUCUUGGAGGGAGUCUGGUGGAGGCUCAGUGCUCACAGGAGGGGCAGAGAUUUUACUAAUAGUUGAGCCCCUGCCAGGUGGGAUCUAGCAACCUUCUGAGGGAGUGUGGGGCCCCGGGGUUCUUUUGUCCUUCAGAAAACCUGGCCCCAGCGAUGGUUGGUAUCCCUUAUUCCACUCCUUCCUAAUGAACCUGGGGACCUCAUUCCUAUAGCUUUGUCCCCCAGUGGCAGGGAAUCUCUGCAGUGACCCUCUCCCACAGCCAUGGCCAGGCAGGGCAGCUCCUUCUGUAAGCCAGGGGCUGCRGGGCCAAUCUCACUGCUCUGUCCCCAGGCCUCUGGCACAUCAGACCCAGGGCGUGGACCUGCUGCUGGUUCUGUCAGCCCCUGUGUCUACAGCCUGGCCCAGGGUUGGGCCAUCCUGCUUUCUGCCCUGCUUUGUAUAUCAAGCCUUGCUCACAGCCCCAUUUACUGGGGAGCCUUUUGGAUCUGUCUGGACAUUCUUCAUCCCCUGCCCCGCUGGGCUGUUCCCGGGGGGCACUUGUACUGUGAAUCAAGUGUUCACAUUCACACCUGAUGACUUCAGUGGCACCAAUCAUGUAUUUCAC